UCGGAAUGACGAAGAUCGAAACGUGGAGCUAGCUGCGAUCCUCGGCCAUGGCAUCAGGACAGACCGUGAAGCUUCCGAUCCUGAACAAGGAUAUCAUCGAGAUCAAGAAGAGGAUCCAACUGUCCGAGGGACAACGCAAAGCUCUGUUCGAAGAAAUCGAAACGGAGAGAAAGAGAAAUCAGGAUGAGAUUCUCGUCCUUAAAAAGCGCAUAUCCUUGAUGACUGUCAACUUGCAGGAGCGAAAAGGUAGCGCUCUAAAGUCGCGCUUCCCUGUUGCACAAUUGGGACCCGUGUUGAAGAACGCCGGUGAUAAAACCGCCGAGGAAAUUGCAGGAAUCCUCGAUCUUCAGCGCAUCGACAAGACAAAAAAGUUGGAUUUAAUCAAAUACCGUCUGUCGCAGAAACAAAAACUAUUAUCCAAGUUGGGAAAGGAAUACCAGGAUUUGGUUAAGAGCAAAUCGAAGAAAGUUCUCUCCGCGAAUAUAGAAAAACCUUUGGAUAAGGCGAUAUGUGAGCUACAGAAUAAAAUCAACGCCGUGGAAGUUCAGUGGAACGAGGCGGAACACGUGAGCGUCAAGUACAAGGAGAUCGAAAGAUCCUUACAGGACGAUGCAGCGCGUUUCGAAAGUAAAAUCCUUAAGCUCGAGGACGAACUCAAAGCUCAACAAAUGGAAAUCAAUAAUUUGCAGAAGAUGAAUUUAGAGGCCUCUAAACUUAGAACUUUGGCGAGGAAUGCUUUAAUACAAGAAGAAAAAAAUGUCGUAGAGGCGGGAAGCUUGAGGGAAAGACAGGCCACAGAAGGUCGAAGGCUUCUGGAGGAACGACGACAUGACCUAGAGCAGCUGGAAAAGCGCUUUUACCAUGGUAAACCUCAAAUACGAACGGAUCCAGAUGAGGAAUGUCCGAAGGAGACUGAGACGCCUGAAAGCAUGGAUCAGGAUCCGAUAGAUUACUACAAGGAGAUCUUCGAAGUGCUGAAAGAUGUCACCGGUGGAUCGACUAUUGACGAAGUGCUAGACAAGUUCCGAGCGCAAAAGGAAACGCAGGAGCAAUUGGCGAGCUUGAGGCGAUGUUCGGAAGAGGAGAAGAAGAGGCUGGAGCAGGUGCAGGAUUCGUACGUCGUCGAAUUGGAGCAUUGGAAGUUCGUGGAGAGCAAAGAUAUCCAAAGGAACUCGUCAGAGGUGGACAAUGUUCUCGAGGACAUCGAAGAUGAGAAACGAAAACUACAAGAGAUGGAUUCUACGAUGGAACAAUUGGAUGAAUCGACGAAGACCAUCACGCAGAAGUUACUUUCCAUAUACCAAAAUUUCAAACCUGGCGUGGUCGAAGCUUCAGCGAUGAUCAUGCUAGAAUUCCUACAGACCAUUUUCGAGGAAGAUUUCAAGGAAAGAACCGACGGGAUUCAGGUAGAAGACCUGGAACUGCCGACGGACAAAUGGCUACCGUCGCCAUACAACGGAAUCAUGCGAAGGACUCCUCUCCCGCAGCUCGGAUCUCCUACUCCGGUUCCGCCUCCUGGAUCCGAUGAAGAGGAGGAAGUCCCAUCGCGCGGAUUUCUCAAACGCCAAGCUCAGCUAGUUGUGGACGCAAAAACCAAACGCAAGAACAUGCGUUUCCCAUUGCCCAAAGUCAGAUAGAUAAAACACACAUAAUAUGUUACAUAAAAGUGAAUUUAUUUAACUUAACAGGUAAAAAAAAAAUAAAAAACAGACGUGAUUUCGUCCGCUCGAGGGGUGUAUCGAAAAACAGAGAUUAAACUGAACAGUGUGCGCCCAAAAUAAUAAUAAAAAAAAAACAUUGUUCAAAACCGCACGAAGUCACAACAUUCCAAUCUCAUCUCUUGCAUAAACAUAUUUAUAUAUAUAUAUAUAAAUCAAUAAUAAAUGUACAAACUAACAAAUCAAUGAAAUUAGUUUACGAUUCGUGUAAGUAUCUACACCCAGUCUCAUAUUAAACUAUUUAGUGGUAAUAA